CAAGCAGAUGUUGGCGAGCUAAAACCAAUUUACACGAGUCUCUUACCGGAGCAAGAAUUGGCUUUUGAAGCGGACGGAGAGUGCGGACACACACAACAAAAAACGCUUGUUCUUCAAAACACGUCUGAAUUGAGCGGAUAGAGAGUUGCAGAUAUUCGCCACGAGGCACGCGGAGUAAUCUCUCCUUAUUUACCACACCUGUGAUGCGCUGUUUCUGAGCAACCAAGACGCGCGGCGGGGCUACUCAUGGCCAAGGUGCGGGAAGAGGAGCUGCGCUGAACGACGGAUUUUGAUGCAGUGGGUUUUCUGAAACUGCGUGAGACCACUCGAACUAACUCCCUGACGCACAAGAAAUACUUAUCCGAGCUCUCGUGGCCGGUAUUGUAGAGAGAAACUUGUGCAAGAACGCUGCCCAAACAAAUAAAAGACGAUGUCGGUGAAUCUGUGUCCCUUUGUCCGCCGGAGAUCCAGGGUUAUUCUCGCAUCCAUCUGGUUUCUUUCCGUCGGAUUUACCUGCAUUGGUGGGGAGCAUGCUGCCACGGUGACGCACCCGCUCCCGGCUGCCUUCUCCGACCUGCUGCCGCACUUCCUGGUGGAGCCCGACGACGUCUACAUUGUGAAGAAUAAGCCGGUCACCCUCACGUGCCGCUCGACGCCCGCCACGCAGAUCUACUUCAAGUGCAACGGCGAGUGGGUGCACCAGGACGACCACCUGAUCGAGCGCACCGUCGACCCCUCCACGGGCCUCCCAGUGAUGCAGGUGAAGAUUGACAUCUCCAGACAGCAGGUGGAGAAGAUCUUCGGGCUGGAGGAUUACUGGUGUCAGUGUGUGGCCUGGAGCACUACGGGAACCCAGAAGAGCCAAAAGGCUUAUGUGCGCAUCGCCUAUUUGAGGAAGAACUUUGAGGAAGAGCCCUUGGGUAAAGAGGUGGCGCUCGACCAGGAAGUGCUACUCCGGUGCCAUCCUCCAGAGGGUGUACCCACAGCUGAGGUGGAGUGGCAGAGGAACGAGGAACUGAUCGACCCCAAGGCUGACCCCAAUUUCUUCGUCACAGUGGACCAUAAUCUCAUCAUCAAACAAGCCCGGCUGGCCGACACCGGCAACUACACCUGCUUGGCCAAGAACAUAGUGGCGCGGCGGCGCAGCGCAGCAGCUGCUGUGAUUGUCUACGUGGACGGCGGCUGGAGCGAGUGGAGCAAGUGGUCAGCGUGCGGCGCGGACUGUACCAUGUGGCGGAGCAGGGAGUGCACCCAACCUGCCCCGGGUACCGGGGGUAAAGCCUGCCAGGGCCUGGACCUGCAGUCCCUCAACUGCACCAGCGAGCAGUGCCCCCAGACGGCGGCCGGUGCCGAGGACGUGGCGCUGUACGUGGGCAUCGUGGCGGUGGCACUGUGCCUGGCCCUGCUGCUGGUGGUAUUGGUGCUGGUGUACCGCCGCAAGAAGGAGGGCCUGGACUCCGACGUGGCCGACUCCUCCAUCCUCACCACCGGCUUCCAGCCCGUGGGCAUCAAGCCCACCAAGCCAGAGAACUCGCACUUGCUCACCAUCCAGCCAGACCUGACCACCACCACCACGAGCUACCAGGGCACUCUCCGCUCGCGCCUGGACAUGGGCGAGAAGUUCUCCAUGAGCAACGGCCCCCUGCUGGAGCCGCUGGCCAACGGCUCGCACACGCUGCACAACGGCAAGUUGCCAAGCGACUCCGGCGACUUCGUCGGCCGACUCUCGUCCCAGAGCUACUUCAAAACGCUGCCCAGAGACAGCGUCAACACCUCCUACGGCACGUUCAACUUCCUGGGAGGCCGCCUCACCCUCCCCAACACGGGAAUCAGCCUGCUGAUUCCCCCAGAGGCCAUUCCUCGAGGCAAGAUCUACGAGAUCUACCUGACUGUGCAGAGGAAGGAAGAUCUGAGGCUGCCCCUGGCUGGGUGUCAGACCCUGCUGAGCCCCGUGGUCAGCUGCGGCCCGCCUGGCGUGGUCCUCACCCGGCCCGUCAUCAUCAGCAUGGACCACUGCUCCGACGCCUGCCCCGAGAAUUGGGCCCUCCGGCUGAAGAAGCAGUCCUACGAGGGAAGCUGGGAGGACGUGCUCCUGGUGGGCGAGGAGCCAGCCCCAGAGCCGUACUACUGCCAGCUGGAGGCGGAGACGUGCCGCGUGUUCACCAGCCAGCUGGGCCGCUUCGCGCUGGUGGGAGAGUCGUUGAGCAUGGCCGCCGCCAAGCGGCUGAAACUGCUGCUGUUCGCGCCAACCUACUGCUCCACGCUGGAGUACAGCAUCCGCGUCUACUGUACGGAUGACACACAAGACCUCAUCAAGGAGGUGAUGCAGAUGGAGAUGCAGCUGGGAGGUCGCCUGAUCGACGAACCGCACGCUCUGCUCUUCAAGGACAGCUACCACAACCUGCGCCUCUCCAUCCACGACCUGCCCCACACACACUGGAGGAGCAAGCUCCUCACUGGCUACCAGGAGAUCCCCUUCUACCACAUCUGGAGUGGCUCCCAGCGGAAUCUGCACUGCACAUUCACGCUGGAGCGGCUCAGCCCGGCCACAUGCGAGCUCUCGUGCAUGCUGUGCGUCUGGCAGGUGGAGGGCGAGGGCCAGAGCAUCAGCCUCGACUUCAACAUCUCCAAGGACACCAGGCCGCUGGACACAGGCUUCCUGCUAAUGGACAACAGCACCCCUGCCUUGGCUGGCCCCAGCGCCUUCCAGAUCCCGUACCUGAUCCGACAGGAGAUCUGCAGUAGUCUGGACACACCCUGAUCCCAAGGGGCUGACUGGAGACUGCUGGCCCAGAGGACUGAGCUGGACAGGCACAUGAGCUUCUUUGCAUCCAAAGCGAGCCCCACAUCGCUGAUCCUGGACCUGUGGGAAGCCCAGCACUUCUGCAGCGGCAACCUCAACCAGCUGGCUGCUGUCAUGGCAGAGAUCGGCAAACAAGAGGCCAUGAUAUUCCUGGUGUCGGACGGGGAGUGCUAACACACACACACACACACACACACACACACACACACAGAGGCAAGCAGGAGAGAUCAACAGACAUGAAUCUCUCAAUGGUAAGGGCAGAAAAUGUCACUGCCCUUCCUACCCUCCAUUUAUAGAGGAAGGACUAACCUUAGAACAGGGUUUACCAGCCACUCAAGGGGUCAUAUGUGCUGUGAUUAAAAAUAUACUAUGCCCCCGCUUGGCCACACACACACACACACACACACACACUAAGUAAAUUUCAUUUUUGCAAUGGCAUAUGCGGAAAUCCCAAAUGUUGCCCUGACCCUGUCAUUUGACCAAUAAGUUCAUUUUACACACCUCAUUGUUAGACACAUUUCUCUUCAGUUUUUCCUGAAAUUUAAACAGCCGAUCAUGGAAAAAUAAGGGAUGAAUCAAGGCCCACCCAGUCACAGGUUUUGGUGGCCUGCAAUUUGAAAAAGUGUCACAAGGCAUUUAGCAAUAUGCAAACACAUGCUGUAUACUGAGGAAAACUACAGAAGGCGAUGCAUUAUUACCUCACAGAGAACUUUCAGCAUUCACAGAGAGUACCGUUAAAGAUACAGUGAGUAACAUCUCCCAUUACAAAAGGCAGAGGAAAUUGAGUCUGGGUUUUAUGGCCAUCGUGCUGCUUUUGUGCGUCCAGCAGCGAGUUAAUGUUUCCGUACCUUUAAUGAGCUUAGAGGUCAGAUGUAGAGAACUGUGUCCUGUGGGAGCCAUCAACACAUUUUUUUUCUCUGACCCAUUUCAGGCACCUGUAAUGUGGCUGUACCACUAUUCAAAGCCAUAAUUAGAACUUCCCAAAUGCAAUGUUGAUAAAUGACAAUGUCCGGUGGCUAAUAAGUUAAUGUAUGCAGCAUCUUUAGAACACAUAGUCAUUAAAAAAAAGAAAUUUUAAUAGAAAUACGUUCAGGGAUUUUGGUUUUUUUAAACACCGAUGAUGGUGUAUGCUUUUAAAAGUACUUAAAGCAACUCUGACCUUUCUAAGGAGGCUUUGGAAACCUUGUUAGGAUUCAAAGGUUGCCUUGACGAUGUUGUACACAGUCCACAUUUUGUUGACAUUUCUGAAUUUGUUUUAGUUCUAAUUUCAGUCAUUAUUGUAGAGAUUGCUCUAAAGGACAUACAAGUUUAAUAUAGAACCGUUCCACCAAAUUAUUUCCAGCUAUUCCUUUUUGCAUUUAAUCAAAUUUGUUUUAUUUGAUAAGAUUAGAUUGUUAGAAUAAAUGGUUUUAGUUUCAGUCCAAAAGCCAGUCCAGUUUGGCUUUAUGAUAUUCUGUACUGGUAUGGCAAAGCUAAAUUUGAUUUCUGCUUUUGUGACAAAAAAGAAAACACUAUGUGGACUUAUAUGAGGAUUUGGGUUUUUUUGUUGUUGCAUCAGAUGGUUCUGGCAUGCAGCUUUCAAAACAGAAUCAAAGAUUAGACUUUGUUUUAAAAGGAAAGUUAUUUAUCAUGUAGUGAAAUUGCAUUAAGCCACAAAUUUAGGAGCAGCGGUUCUCAUUGCUAUCCUCCGUCAUCAAGUCCACUGCUGUGCACACACUACUAACGUGUGCGGGGAAGUUUCACGACCGUCCGUUAUUAUGAAUGUGAAGGUUUUGUUUCCAGUUGUACCUUCCCAAAGUGGCCACCUCCGUGUUAACCUGCAAAGGUAAUGGCCAUAACUGGAUCUUUCCAGUCCAUUUGCUGGUAGCAAAAGUGAUUGUAAGAGAUUAUUUCAUUAAAUAAGAGGCAUAAUUUUUUUGAAGAACCCAGAACAAUGUAAAAGGUUUCAAGCUUGCUUGGAGCCUUAGGUUUUAAGAUGUUUCCUGAGUUAAAUUUUAUGAUUACAAUUAAUCAUGUAUUUUUCAAUAUUUUUUUACUUUCAUCUAUAAAAUUCAUGUUGUGUGUGUAUAUAUAUAUAAAAAUACUUUUCUAUCCCAGUUUUGAUGCUGGCACUACAUGUAACAUCUCUGGAAGUUGGUAACCAAAGGUUUAGAACCAUGUGAGAUCACUUUCUAUCACAUCCUUUAACUGUGUCUUAUAUACGUCACGACAUUCUUUGGUAAUUUCUCAAAAUAUACACAACAGGUUCCCCUUCAUAACAAAAUCCAUUUACAAUAAAUACAAAAUCGUCCAUUUACAAUACAUUUAAUUUCCAAAUGUAAAUUUUUAAUUGUGCAGCAUUUUAAUAUCGAGCAUUUCACUGUUAAUGCAAUUUAAAUAUUUAUUAUAUAGCACUUUGUAAGUAAAUGUAAAUGAUAUUUUAAUAUUGAGCCAAAAAAAGAAAAAAAAAGAAAAAAAAGAUGAGACAACUGGCGUCACAUUUGUCAAAGUAUAACCUGUGAAGUGUUGGCUUAUUGUUCAUUGAUCACAGCGUUAAGUAAAGGAUUUCUGCAGUGUUGGCAGGUUAAGCCAGAAGCCUCUACACUAGUUUUCUGUUAUGCCCUGAAGCUGUUUGUGAACUGGAUGGGGUUUAUGGCAGGUAUCUUAAAAACAAAACAUAAAAAAAAAAAAAUAGAGUUGUGUUUCAGCCUCACGCAGCAUCUCAUCGGGACAGAGAUAAAAGCCAAUGAGAAUAUCUACAGGACAAGAGGUGAGAGUCAGCACCCCACACACGUCAUCCAAAUCCACAAACCGAAAGCAGACCUCAGGACCCUCUAACCGGAAACCUCUCACUCUCGACCCAAACGUCUAAUCUGGUACCACUUCAGUCAGUGUGCAUUUUAAAUGUUGACCUCUUUCCUCCUUACACUACAUUCCAUUAGUGAAAAACAUCCAAGUAUAAAAUUCAAUUUUAAACAAAAAUUCAAAAAAGGGUGAUACACUUGUCAUUUGUCAUCUAAAAAGCCAACUUUGGAAGGCACAUUCAUCUAAUAUGUCUGAGAUGCGUCCUUGAGAAGAAAAGCCAAUAUAUUUCCCAUGACUGUACAUUGUCAAACUCAUUCUUUAGCUGUUCUGUAUAAAAGAAUGUGUUACUUUUCCAGAUUUCCACUUUAUUUUGAAACCGAAAACAGUAGAAUUGUGUACCUUUGAAUGUUCAAGUUCUUAAUUCAAUGUUCCUUGCCUUUCCGCAAGUCAAAAUGCUGUAUUUAACCUGCCACAGCGCUUAUGCAAUUGUAAAAUUUUUUUAAUCAUAUUUUUCUUUUCUUUUUGUACUUUUGUUUUCUUCGUCAAUGUAAAUUGUCGUUGAUGACUUUGUGCUAACAAGAAGCCCCACAAUGAAGGGUUUUCUUUACUUUUGGACAAUGAUAUGGAUUUGUGGGUAGAAUUUUGAAAAUUCGUUUCUAAGUGCUUUCAAGUAUUUACUUGGCCUUAUGUAUAUAUCUAUGAAAUUUCAGAAAGGUAUGUAUAGUAAUUCAAUCUGA